UCCAGUGUUCCCAGCAUAGUCAUGGAUCAAUCUUCAUUGGCUGAAAAGGCUCACAAUGAGGCAGACACCAACAAUUUGGAUGUGUUAUCUCACCCUGAUUCACCAACCUCAUAUCACAGGCCAAGGCAUAGCAGAGUCCACCACCAUCACGGUGCGUCCCACCACCAUGGUGGGUCCCACCAUCACAGUGAGUCCCACCAUCAUGGUGGGUCCCACCAUCAUGGUAGAUCUCACCUCCCUGGUAAAUUCCAAGACUUUCAUGACAAUACCCCCUCCCACCAUUCCCCUCACUCCCACCAUUCCCCUCACUCCCACCACUCUCACCACCACGGUGAAGCCCACCAUCAUGGCAGAGCCUACCACCACACAUCCCUUGCACUGCCUCCUUCUCAAAGCACUAUCUACUCCCAUCAUUCCCUCGAUGAGGGUCCAUUUGACGGUGAGUACCACCAUGGUAGCAGAAGACAUCAUGGUAGGCCCCACCACCAUGGUGAGCCCCACCACCAUGGAGGGUCUUACCACCAUGGGGGGUCCCACCACCACAGUGAGCCCCACCACCAAGGGGGGUCCCACUACCACAGGGGGUCCUACCACCAUGGUGAGCCCUACUAUCAUGGAAGGUCCCAUCACCGUGGUGAGCCUUAUGACCAUGGGGGAUCCCACCACCGUGGUGAGCCCUACCACCAUGGUGGCUCCCACCACCGCGGUGAGUCCUACCACCAUGGUGGGUCUCGCCACCAUAGGGAACCACACCACCAUGCUAGGCCCCACCACCACAGUGAGGUUUCUCACCAUAGUGGGCUCCAUUACCAAGGUGAGCCUUACUACCAUAAAGAUUCCUACACGUAUGGUGGCUCUCAUCAUCAUGGUGAGUCCUAUCACCAUGACAGACACCAUCACCAUGAAGCCCACCACCACAGAGGGCCUCUUCAUCAUUCCUAUGUGGACUCCUAUCAUAAUCGGUUGAUACCUCACUACUCUGACGAAUACAGGCACCACCACCAUGGCCACCAUGGUGAACGCCACCAUGGCCACCAUGGCCACCAUGGUGAACAUCAUCACAGGGAGUAUCACCAUAGUGUGCAUCGUUAUGAUGAUCUCCAUGGCGAUCACCGCUACAGGGAGUACUAUCAUGGAAGCUCCCACAGCUUGGGCCCAUACAAGUCUCGCAGUGUGGCCAGAGCUGUCCUUGGCCCUUCCCGCUCUCAUUCAACAACUCUCCGACCUAGCACGGCAUGGAUACAGCACUCAGCCUUUAGCUUGACUCGUUCCCACAGUGCUGUGCACUCACAUGCAUCCCAGACAUCCAGCAAAGUCCAUCCUCAGGAUUCCUCCACUAAAACUUCCUCAGAAAGCUGGACAGAAGACGAUGAGCAAUUUCAGAAGCGCAAAACUGCCAGAACUCAGCGGGCCCACAAGAGGCUGCACACCAUGGACCUCUUCAGCAGGUUGUGGGAAAAUUUAAGCUACCUCAUUCAGGACUUACGGAGAAUGCUUAGGAACCUGACUCAGUCCCUGCCCUUUGAAGCCUUCAUCUUCCUUGUUGUCUGCCUCAACACUAUCAUGCUUGUGGCCCAGACCUUUGCUGAAGUCGAGAUCCGGGGCGAGUGGUACUUCAUGGCCUUCGACUCCAUCUUCCUCUGCAUCUACGUGGUGGAAGCUGCCCUCAAGAUCACUGCCCUGGGCUUCAAGUAUUUUUCUGACCCUUGGAACAACCUGGACUUCUUCAUCAUGAUCAUGGCCAUGCUGGACUUCCUGCUCUUUCAGUACAACUCCUUCUCCUUCGUCUACCACCAAAGCGUCUUCCGGAUCUUCAAGGUUUUCAAGAGCUUGCGGGCCCUGAGGGCCAUCCGGGUCCUGCGGAGGCUCAGCUUCUUGACCAGCCUCCAGGAAGUGACCGGGACUCUGGUGCGGUCCCUGCCAUCCAUCACGGCCAUCCUGAUCCUCAUGUUCACCUGUCUCUUCCUCUUCUCUGUGGUCCUCCGGGCUCUGUUCCGUCACUCCGACCCCAAGCGCUUCCGGAGCAUUCUCUCUACCAUCUUCACGCUCUUCACCAUGCUCACCCUGGACGACUGGUCCCUCAUCUACCUGGACAGCCGUGCCCAGGGUGCCUGGUACAUCAUCCCCAUUCUCAUGAUUUACAUCAUCAUCCAGUACUUCAUCUUCCUCAACCUGGUGAUUGCGGUCCUGGUGGAUAACUUCCAGAUGGCUCUGCUUCAGGGCCUGGAGAAACUGAAGCAGGAGAGGGCCGCCUGGAUCCGUGAGAAGAUCCUGGACGACUCACUGACAGAACUCAGCAGAUCAGACCCUGAAGAGGUGAUGAGUGAACACACCAGACAGAAGCAGCUCAUCGAGAAAAAAUCUGGGACCAUGACAGAGAAGCAGCAGGAGCUCCUGUUCCACUUCCUGCAGCUGGUGGCUGGGGUCGAGCAUCAUCAACAGAAAUUCCGCUCCCAGGCGUCCGUUCUUGAUGAGAUCGUGGACACUGCGUUCGAGGCUGGAGAAGAGGACUUCAGGAAGUGACUCCUGGACGGAGAGAGACACUGGAUGUGGAUUUCAGCCUCCAGCAAGCUGCCCACUGCCUUGGGUCUGGACAAGUCCCCUGCUCUGCUAGAAUGAUCGUCGGGCUUGCAGGGCUGGGUCCUAACAGAGUUUUUA